UUUGAAAUACCUGACAUGUGCAGUGCCAAUAAACUGCGAAUAGCCGAAUACCAUAAUUUCUUAGUUUGCGUUAUAUUAAAAUAAAUAUUAUAAAAUGAAGGACGAAAGUAAUGCUGAGAAACCUCAAAAGGAUGUAACAGCAUCUUUAUUAGACGCGUUUGAUCUGCUUAAAUCUACAGCCGAUGAUGUAAAAAUUACAGGUGGUACCAAAAUAAUUGCGCGGCUUCUUGAAAAUAAGAAUGAAAAAGAUUUACAGUACGUCUUAAAGCGCUUAGUAAGAAGUAUGGGGGCUAACGUCCUUGAAAUGAGGUUAGGGUACUGUGCCACUCUUAAAAGUCUUAUUCAUAAAUUUGAAGAAAUUAACGCAGCAAAGUUAUUGGACCUGGUAAAAAAAGAACUCCAUGCAAACGGCUCGUCGAAGAGUGAGGUGGGUGAUGUUGCCCUGGGUCAGAUAUUAGUGUGUGGGGUUUUGUUUCGAUCUGGUUUGAUGCUGAAAAGUUCAAGUGAAGAGCAAAAAGAAAUAUUACAGCUUAUUCAAAGUGCUGGGAGUAAAAAAUCAUAUCUCGGCGCUGCAGUCUCAACUAUUUUACUGGAUUUUAUCAAUGAGCUCAAUGAAGAUCAGUUCGCGUCGAUUGUAUGGCCAAACAUAAAACAGUAUUAUAAGAAGGAAAUAAAAGAACACAGCUUAGAUUCUCUGUAUGUACUACUCGUGUUAAGCAGAAAAUUUCCAGAUAAAGUAAAAGUUAGGAAGUUGAUUGGAGUACCAGAUAUAUUACAUGAAGAUAAUAUUCCUGAUAUUUGCGAAAAGUUAAUGAUAGGAGUUGAUUUAAAUUUGAUAAGCCAUCCCGUAUACAAAGAAGUAGCGAUACAAGUCGCUAAGUCUGACAAUCUACAACUAUUCUGGAACAGAAUUGACAACUAUCUCGUAAAACACAAUAGAAAUAGAGAAUUAGUAUCGCUUAAUAUUCUUAACACAAUAUUACUAAACAUUCAAGAAAAGGUAAAUGUCAUUCCGGAUCUGUUGACAGAUAAUUUUUUCAAAUUAUUCAUGGAUUGGUUUAAGGGCUUGCAAACAGCAAGUAAAAUCAGAAACAAGCGAGAUGAUGAAGAUGACCACAAGAUGAUGAUUAAGAAAGAGAAAGAAUUACUGAUGUCUCUCUCAAAAGCAUUGAAACUUCCCGCUGUCGAUAGCAGUAUAAGAGUAGCGACGCUAAAGAAACUGUUAUUCAGUCCGGGUGAAAUAAAUUUCACUGAAAUAACCGGUUCGUCAGUUGUUAAAUCUGCUCUUGCCGAUUUAGACAAAGAUGGUUUGAAGAAAUUGGCAAAAUCAUUAAAAAAAGUUCUGUCAAAUACUUCCAAAAAGAUUAUCAAAGAGAAUGUGGAAAGAAAUUGGUAUAAUAAUGAAAGAGUUAAAGCUGCAGAAUUAAUUUCGUUCAUUGUAAGCCAUGAAGCAAUGAAGGAUGAUAUUGAAUUUAAAAUUAACCAUAUGCAGCUGUUGAUGUGUUUUGGAUUCUUUAAAAUUAGUGGAGAUGAGAAUGUCACUGUUAGCAGUGAAUUAGCAGGUUCUAUUAAAUCAUGUUUUUACCGAUGCUUCACAUCUCGAUUUUCGAAUGUCGAUGAUUUAGUGUCGGUCUUGUCGUCGCUCAGCACGUUCAUUUCAAAUAUCAUGAAAAAACCUCAAGUGCGUGAAAAACUUGAGAAACAAUUUUCACAAGAAAAUAUGGAUUGUUGGGAAAUGCUCACUAGCGUAUGUGAAGGAAUAGAACGCAAUGAGUCCAAGUCGAAAGUUGAUAAAGUUUUUCUAAUCUUAUUGUAUCAACUUGGAUUAUUUUUAUUUUCGGAACCAGCGCAUGUGAACAUCGCUCGUAGUUCAAUAACGGAAUUAAAGAGUUGUUAUGAACAUUAUAAAAAGGGGAAGAAGAAGAAAUCAGGAAAAAAUAAAGACACCGUCGCUGAAGAUGAACCGGAGUGGACGGAAGUGUUAAUUGAAGUUCUCUUAUCCAUACUUUCAAUCGAAUCUAGCGUUCUUCGCGCUAUUGUCCAGUGUGUGUUUAGACUUCUUUGGGAGUAUUUAACUCCUACUUCAAUAGCCCAAAUUGUUUCUGUUCUGGACCCAGAGGAAGACAAUCCUCUUAAACAAGAGAGUGAAUCGGAAGGUGAAGAAGAUGACAAGUCUGAUGGACCCGAUGAUGAUGAUGACAAGGAGGACGAUGAAAAUGAUAGUGGCAGUGAUACUGAUGAUGGUGAUGAAGACGGUGACUUGAAGGUACCUGAUCAAUUACGUUUAGCCGUACAAAAAGCUUUAGGAACAGCAGUUGCCCCCGACUCAGAUACUGAAUCUAUAGACGCAGAUAUGAUAACUGAGGAGGAAGGGAAAAAGCUCGAUGAUGCACUAGCCGAGGCAUUUAAGCAAUUCCACCAGGGUAAACAUGUUAAGUCGAAGAAGGAACGCAAAAAUAAGAAGGCUUUAUCUGAUUUCAGAAUAAGGGUACUAGAUCUUAUAGACAUAUAUCUAGAGAAAGACCCUGCUAUGGAUAUCUGUCUGAGUAUGAUCGCACCACUUUCAAGAUGCCUCGAAUUUUGUAUGCGGGACAAUCAAUUUAAGGAAUUAGAAUUUAGAGUAAGAAAGACUAUUAAAAGCUUUUCGAAGAUUAAAAAAUUUUCAACAACAGGCGACGUUACAAUCGGUAUAUUGAGUGAUUUCCUAAAAUCUAUUAUAGAGAAAGGUGAUAGAUCUCAUUUCAUGUAUCAAGCUCUCGGCGACGUUAUAACCCAUUUCACUGUAUUUAUUAUUCAUUGUUCUCAAAGAAUUGACGUUAAAUCUACAAAAUCACCCAAGAAAAACUUGCAUGGCAGAUCUCCUAUUAUCGAAAUAUUCGAGGAAGCGGUUAACAAUUAUUUUAAUAAUCGCAGCUGUCUCCUUCCGAUCAUUUUCUUCCACAACAUCCUGCAAGCGGAAUGGGAAGGAAAGUUUUAUUUAGUGCCGUUAAUUAUUAAGAAUGUCUUCGAUAAUAACGUGCGACAAUUCCGUCGCAACGAGGGUCUGAAUUUAAUAAUAGGGUUCUACCAGGCUUUGAAUAGAUUAAAACCAACAUCUCAGGAAACGAUUAAACAAAUUCACGACGUUGAAAAAAUUUUUAACAGCGAGUUUUCUGAAUCCAUCCAAAUAGAAGUUACGUCAAAUUUCGUAACGACUCUGAGAAAAUUAAUUAACGUCGUGAGAUCGUUCCACGAAAAUUGUAAAAUUCCAACAAAUUUGAAUUUUAAGAUGUUGUUAGACAACUUAGGAUCACUUAAAAGCGUAGCCAAAAAUAAGAACAGAAAUGAGAAUACUACGAAACAAAAUGGAGUUAAAACGAAAAAAAAUAAGAAGAACAAACGUAAGAGGGAGCAGAGUAAUGGGGAUGUAUCAGAACCAGAUACAAAGAAAACAAAAUCUUCUGAUAGUGAAUAAUUGUAAUCUUUUUAAAAGGAUCGAGUGUGUACAUAUACUUUGUAAAACAAUCCUUAUUGAGUUAAUAUCUCUACUGGUGGCAAGAGGACUGGUGCAUUUUUUCCCCAAAGAAUCCGUAUAGCGAUUAUAGUGGGAAACGCUGCCAGUAUUCUUGGCACCAUUCCAUGGACACAUGAUUUAUACCAUAAUUUUCUUGUAAAUAUUUAGUUCUUAA